CUCCGAAGCUCACGACACACUCACUCUCGGUGGUGCGAUUGGAGCUUAUGUGAGUACACUCUUCACUCUUCUUCGCAAUCUUCGAAACACUUUAUCUAGCAAGCCUAUUUAACCUCUAUCAACGGAAGUCUACCUUACACUGUAGCAGCCCGAUGAAUAUUGAGUGGGGAUCCUGUGUAGUAAGCAAGUGAAAGCAGUCAAUGAAAAGAACCUCCAUCAACACAACUGUCAUGGGGCGUAAAGUAGUUGUGGCGACAUGUUCGCUCAAUCAGUGGGCCAUGGAUUUCCAGGGUAACAUGGACCGUAUUUUGGAUUCCAUCCAGCAGGCCAAAGCUGCUGGAGCAAUGUACAGAAGUGGCCCAGAAAUGGAGAUACCGGGCUACAGUUGUGCUGACCACUUCUACGAGAGUGACACUAUGCUUCACUCCUGGGAGGUGGUGGCAGAGCUCCUGCAGCACCCACUGUGUGUUGACAUCAUGAUUGAUGUUGGCUUGCCUGUCAUGCACAAGAAUGUUACCUAUAACUGUAGACUGGUCUUUCUGAACAGAAAAAUUUUACUCAUCCGUCCAAAGUUAAUACUCUGUGAUGAUGGAAACUACCGAGAGACACGGUGGUUCACUGCCUGGCGCAAAAUUCGCCAAGUAGAGGAUCAUUACAUUCCCAGGAUAAUCAGCAGAAUAACUGGCCAGAUCACCGUACCCUUUGGGGAUGCUGUCAUAGCCACCAGAGACACCUGCAUUGGCUAUGAGAUUUGUGAAGAACUCUGGAAUCCAGAGAGUUCCCAUAUUCCCAUGUCUUUGGAUGGUGUUGAGAUCAUUGUCAAUGGCUCGGGCUCCUACACAGAAAUUCGCAAAGGUUAUGUCUGCCGAGAUCUUGUCAUGUCUGCCACAGCCAGGAGUGGUGGAUGUUACCUUUUUGCCAACCAAAGGGGAUGUGAUGGUGACCGAGUUUACUUCUCUGGAAAUUCCAUGAUUGGUCUCAAUGGUUCAAUCGUGGCCCGAACGCUCCCUUACAGUCUUCAGGAAGUGGAGAUUGUAACAGCAACAAUUGACCUGGAGAGUGUGAGAAACUACCGCUCAUUAGUACGAAGCAGGUGUCUCCAUGCAGCUCAGAGCCAAGCAUACCCUCGCAUUCAGGUUAACUUUGCACUCUCAAAUGAUGAGGAUAUUUUCCUUCCAUUGUCCCAACCCAUUGAGUACACUAUUCCCACACCUGAAGAGGAAAUACUUUAUGGUCCGGCCUGCUGGUUGUGGGACUACUUGCGGAGAUCAGGUCAAGGAGGCUUCCUUCUGCCUCUGUCUGGUGGUGUAGACUCCUCCUCUACAGCCACCAUUGUGUACUCCAUGUGUCACUUAGUUGUACAAGCUGUGGCAAAUGGAGAGGAGAAGGUACUGGAAGAUGUGCGUCGCAUUGUGUCACAGUCAGAUUAUGUUCCACGAGACCGCCGAGAGCUGUGUGGGCGGCUGUUUCAUACUGUGUAUAUGGCCACAGAAAACUCCUCAAUUGAGACCAAGAAUCGUGCUAAACUCCUCUCUCAGCAAAUUGGAAGUUACCACAUUCCAGUCACAAUUGACAGUAUAGUCUCUGCAGCACUAGGAAUUUUCAGUGCUGCUACAGGUUUGAUACCCAAGUUCAAGGUGAGAGGAGGAACAGUUAGAGAAAACCUAGCCCUUCAGAAUGUGCAGGCUAGACUGAGGAUGGUCUUGGCUUACCUCUUUGCUCAGCUUGUUCUGUGGGUGCGAGGAAGACAGGGAGGCUUGCUGGUGCUGGGAUCAGCCAAUGUAGAUGAAGCACUGCGUGGUUACAUGACUAAAUAUGACUGUAGUUCAGCUGACAUUAACCCCAUUGGAGGGUUUUCAAAGGCUGAUCUUAAGAAAUUUCUUCUUUUGUCCAAAGACAGACUGAACCUCCCAGUAUUAGGUGACAUACUUGGAGCACCACCAACAGCUGAGCUUGAGCCCCUGGAUGAGGGAACACUGGUGCAGACAGAUGAGGCAGACAUGGGCAUGACCUAUGCUGAGCUUGCAACAUAUGGAAAAUUGAGAAAAGUGGAAUGCUGUGGCCCAUACUCUAUGUUUGGCAAGCUGAUUCACAUGUGGUCUGACCGAUGCUCACCAGCAGAGGUUGCAGAAAAAGUGAAACUGUUCUUCAGAUACUAUAGUGUCAAUCGCCACAAAAUGACCAUACUAACACCUGCCUACCAUGCUGAAACAUACUCUCCUGACGACCAUCGUUUUGACCACCGCCAAUUCUUAUACAACUACCGUUGGUUGUGGCAGUUCAGAGCCAUAGACAAGGCUGUGGAGAAAUUGGAGACUAGGAGCAGAGAUGAGCAGGUUGAAAGAAGUAGCUCCAACCGUUCCACCAAGGACAGCCAGUCAUCACACAAACGGCCAUCAUCAAGGUCAUGUAGCAACUCCUUUAGUGGAUCAACAGGCAAUGAAUCACAGCGGCGAGGAGUUGAAGUACCCCCAGGGCCCCUCAUCCAGACUGGUCUUAUGGAAUCCCACAAACCUGAGUGUGUACUCCAAGACCAUCCUUCCGGCACCCACACCACUGCUGAGCCAAUCGACUGUGGCCCUGGAAGUGAGACAGACAGGAAGAGAUGGGGAUGUCUGUCAUCCCCACUGCACACCCUGGGGCACAGUACUCAGAAAUCAUGCCGUGCUGUAAAGGUCACACUAGUUCACCUUCAGCACCACACCACUUCUGUGCAAAUGUGAAAAUUUAUGUAACAUUUUGUGCAUUCCUUUGAGUUUUUUUCAUAUCAUGUGUCUGCCUCUUGGGAGGAAGCACCAUUUUUAGAUAUGAAUGAUGAGACAAUUCCACCAAAGUAUAUAGCCAUACUAAUUGUUGUUGGUUUUUUCUACUUUUAACUCUUUUAUUGAAGUCUAAGUAUGAUUUAUGUAUGAAAGUUGGUUGUAGGGAGACAACACGAGAGGGGCACAAAAUAAGAUUUGCACAUGUACUUAGUUUUGUAAAUGACUGUUGAAAAUAGUAGAAUUAAUACAGAAAUACUCACAUAAGAAAUAAUAAUGGCUUUACAUUUAAAGUAGUUCCAGAUAAUUUUAUUUUAUCUAUUGUACAUUCAAUUUUUUUGUCAUUCUUUAUAAAGUUGUCAUAAGGGAUAUA